CUCUACGCUAAGGGCAAGUUCCUUGGAUUCCAGCGCGGUAAGCGCAGCCAGAACGAGGGCACCGCUCUCCUCCAGAUUGAGAACGUCGCCGUCAAGGAGGACACCUCGUUCUACCUCGGCAAGCGCGUCGCUUUCGUCUACCGCGCCCCGACCGCCAAGAACGGCUCGCACGUCCGCUGCAUCUGGGGUCGUGUUACCCGCUCCCACGGUAACUCGGGCAUGGUCCGCGCCAAGUUCCGCCACAACCUGCCCCCGCGCGCCAUGGGUGUCUCGGUCCGCGUCAUGAUGUACCCCUCGAACAUCUAA